AAAUCCGCGAAAAAAUAAUGAUAAUAUUAUUAUUAUUUUAUUUGUAACUUAUUACUAUACAUUCAAAAGUUCAAUGAAAAAAAUAUAUAUAAAUCGCGCUGAAUUACGCGAGACGUACGAGAAAGACAAAAAUCAAUUGAAUCAAAAUUAAUUUAAAAGAAAAGAACUUUGAUGAGACAGUGUCAUAUGUUAUUAUUUUGGAUGGGUUCACAUGUUGUUGAAUCAAAAGUAAUUCCGCUUCGACAAAGUGAACAACGAAACAGCAAUUUUUCUUCUUUUUUUUUAUUAUGUUUACAAAAGAGUAAAUAUAUACAUUGUAUGGACGUAUAAAUAAUGACAAUAGUUCAUUGCUUCAUCGACGACGACAGAAGCCAAAUAAAGUUAUUCGCUUGUUUGACGAAAGAAAUGCAAUUGAUACAUGGAUACUUUCAACGAUAAAGAACUAGACAAUAGAAAAUCGAGACGGUGUUAAUGUGAAUCAAAAUAUGACAAAAGUCAUCAUUCAGUGAAUAAAUCAAUCAAUGGAUCGAGGAAUGUGGAUGUCGGUUUCAUCUAUAUGUUAAAGACUGCAUCGAAUCAUUGCAGCACAUACAAAAAGAAACAGAAUUGAAAAGAGAAGAAAAGAGCGUUUUUUUUUCGUUUGGCGCUAAGUUAAAGAUUGUUAGACUGACAGCCAAAUGACAAGAUAAGUGAUCGAUGAUAAAAGAACAAAUCGCAUCAAUUGAAUAAGAUUAAAAAUAAAAAUAACACAAAGGCGUGAAUGUAAACAGACGGGUUGAAAUAUCAAUUGAAAGAUUACGAACAUUUGAGAACCAAAAAAAACAAGUGAAUUGGAUAUUUGACACGGACAAUUGCACAAAUCUAUCGAAAUUAUAUACAGUUGACACCAGAAACGGAACAAUAAACAUAACCAAGUGUAAUAACGGCGACUUUGUCCAUUCUAAGUAAGUUUCGGACGCAGCGAGCAAUCAAAUUUUACGUUCUGUUAUUGUUGUUGUUGAUGUUGUCAAUGAUUGUUGUUGUUUUUUUCUCGUUACGUUACUGUGGUAAUUUUUCUGUUUGCAUGUUACAUGUUUAAAACGAAAGUAGAAGAAAAAAAUCGGAAUUGUAUAUACAAGUGCGAGUAAAACAAUUUAUACUAUAAAUCGUUGCUGUUGUUGUGGCCGUCAUCAAAUACUAAUUUAUACACAUUGUAUUGUAUCAACAGAACGAAUCGUGAUAGAGAGAGAGAUAUAUUUAUACAACAAUUCAGAACGUAAAAGUAGCAACACAAGAUAGAUACUGGCAGAACAAACAAAACGAACGAAAUUGAUGUUGGGUAAAGAAAGAAAGAGAAGAAAUCAACCAUACACCGCUUUACUUUCGCUUUAUGAAGUGACACAUUCAUAUUGGAGCAAUCAAUGAAUUAAGGUGAACGAUGAACUACAUAUGUGGUAUCACUAGACGCGUGUGCAAGUGCUUAAUACCUAUUCCAUUGAAGCUGAACAAAACAAAAACAAAAACAACGAAGCUGCCGGACAACACAGACACUCUUAGUGCUUGUUCAGAAAAUUAAUUAAAGUGAAUAAUUUAACGGCUAUUUAAAAAUUGGAGACAUAAGUGACCAGCACCACAUAUUUCACUACAGUUCAUAUUCAACGACCAUUUGGAUUACUCUAACGAAUUAAAGUAUCGAAACGAAAGCGACAAGAAAAAAAAAUUAGUGUUUUUGGUAACGAAAAAGAAAAAAAAAUAUGUUUUAUGAUAGAGCCGCAACCGAAAUUGUUUUGACCGUAGUGCAAUAAUAUGAAAGAAUGAAAAAUGCGAUUAUUGUAUGAUAGAUAAACCAGAAUUUGAAUAUGAUAAUUUUUGUUGCAUUCAUAAUCAAUUGGAUUAACUGGGAUUAUAUGCAAAAGGCCAGCGGAUAAAUAUCAUCGUAGUGGUGUACAUAUGCACAACAUCAUCAAAUAUAUUAAAACUAUUUCAACAAUGAUACAUCAUUAAAUGCAUCGUCGAAACAUUUUUCUCAUUCAAAAACAAAACUGAAUGAAAUAAUAAUAAUAAAAAAAAAAACCGAAAACCAUUCCAAUUGAAUUCGAACACUAUUAGAGACGUAAUCAAAACAAAUUGAAACUAUUUUUGGGAUUACUACAUGUAGAAAUAAUUCAUGCGCGCACAAACAAGAGAAAUACGGAGAAAUAUUCUUGUUUCCGACUUUAUUCAUCUUCAUAUUUAUAUUGUAAGUUUCAUCAUUCUAUUCUUCGUGCAUCCAAGUUAUAAACAAGCGAAUAUCGAUAAGUGAUUUGAAGAACUAAAAUGAUUGGUUUGUCUCAAGGGUCGGGGCCCUGUAUCUCCCGCCGUUUUGCAUCCGAAUCAUUCACAACUGAAACUGCUUUGUUCAAUUAUCAAGAAUCAAUUCCAUCAUUCCCAUCAUCGUUCGGUUUAUCAUCGUUUCCGUCUAGUUUGUCUUUGUGUGCUUCAAUUGACGACGAGAUAGAAGUGUCGACAUUUGUGGGCUCGCUUUGUGCGUUGGCCCAAAUUUCUCAGUCUGCAUGGAGUCAAUGAAAAGUGGUUCGGCAAAUCAUAGCCACCACCCGAAUAAGGUGGCCAUUAACAGCCUAGAAACGGAUAGCAAUAAGCAAACGAUAACUAGCAAUGUUAGUGGCAGUACUUUAAACAAUAAUAAUAAGAGUAGCGGAAAUAAUCAGCAGCAGCAACAGCAGCAACAGCAGCAGCAACAAUCAGCGACGGAAUCAAAGGAAAAUAAUUUUGAAUAUGAUGAUAAUGAAUGGGAUGUAGGCGGCAUCGGUGAUUUGAUAAAAGAUUUAGAUAACGACAUAAAAAAGACAUCGGAAACAGGAUCGCAAAACGUGAAUUCGACAAGUGAACAAAGCAGCAGCAGUAGCGGCAGUAGCAGCAGCAGCAGUACAAGUAGUAACAGUAGAAGUAGUUCAUCAUCUCCAUCAAGCUUAUCAACGCCAUCGAGCACAUCGACUGUAUCAGCACAAAUAAAUCAACAUUCACAGUCAAUUGGCUCAGCAUCAACGAUUCAAAGUAAUCGAUUAAUUGAACACGAUACAAAGAGUAAAAAAGAUUCAAUCGACACGGAUAAAAGUGUUAAAUUGAAAAGCGCACAGGCUUCGACCUCCUCCUCCUCCUCCUCCUCCCCUUCCUCAUCUUCCUCCACAUCCAUUGAUAAAGUUCAAAUUCAAGCGAAAAAUCAAUCGAUUGUAUCAACGAAACCAAGCGCACAGCAUCAAUCGAAUAAACAAAAACAACAACAACAACAACAACACUCAACGGUGAGCGAUCAAGAGAUUAGUAAAAAAUCAACACAAAAAUCAUCCACAUCCACCAGCAACACUGCUACGGAUUUAGUUGCAUCGGAUAAAAAUUCAUCGACAAAUAUUGUCAACAUGUCUUCAAAUACAGCUGGUCAAACAACUGGUAAGGCUGGCAAAGUGGCCGAUCAUCAUGCAACGCUUGACAAAGGGCUCAAAAUGAAAAUUAAACGAACCAAACCUGGUACUAAAACCUCAGAGGCAAAACAUGAAAUUGUUAAAGCCGAACAAAAUGGCUCACUAUCUGGAGCAGAUGAUAUUAAUCCAUUAAAUACACCAAAUUCGGGAACGGGAAAUAAAAAAAUAUCAUUGCAACAACAAAAUCAGCAAACGCCAGUUUUGCAACCAUCCCAAACGAAUUUAAAUCAAUCGCAGACGAACUCAUCGUCGCAACAAUUAUCAUCUAGUCCGGCCUUGACAUCAACACCGAAUACAUCACAGACAAAUAAGCGUGCGAACAGUAGUCAUCGACGCGAUAAAACUCGUGAUAAAACAUCGUAUUCUCAACGUGAUAAAGCAAGUAGCAACUCUUCAGCGAGUGUUAACAAUAACAGCAACCUAAACAAUACCGACAUACACAACAGUUCGGCCUCAAACAGUGAUCGCAAUUACAAUUGUCAUGAAUUAAAUGCUACAUUGUCAUCAACACCAUCAAAGGCCGAACAUGAAUUGCUAGGCAGCAAACAUUAUGGCACUCCAAUUGACAGUGAACUAUCACAACGUAUUUCUUCGGCAGCUUUACAAACGAAUACAAAUAACACAUCUAAUUCAAAUGUAAUCUCGUCAGCAUUAAAUUCUUCGUCAGCCAAUGCAUUUGGAUCAAAUACAAAUCUAUCUGGAACAAUAUUAUCAUCAAAAACACCAAAUGCACCAGGACCACCACCAAAUGACGGAAAGUUGUCAUUUUCAACCACAAUUCUAUCACACAUUCAACAACCACCACAAUCAAAUUUCCAGUCAAACAACAUCUCGGCAACACUAAAUUCACAGUCAAAGUCUGCGUCUUCAUCGAAAUUGUCAAUUGCUCCCGCUUCGCCGCAAAUUGAUAGCAAGAUGGGAAUCUUAUCAAAUGGUGAGGAAAGCACAAGUCCACCGCCAAGUAAGAAAAUAAAAUGCGAACCAAAAGAUAUGGUUGAUGUAUGCGUUGGAACAUCGGUUGGAACAAUUACGGAACCAGAUUGCUUGGGACCAUGCGAACCAGGCACAUCGGUCACCCUCGAAGGAAUUGUAUGGCAUGAGACUGAAGGUGGUGUAUUAGUUGUUAAUGUUACAUGGCGGGGAAAAACCUAUGUUGGUACAUUGCUAGAUUGUACCAAACACGAUUGGGCUCCACCAAGAUUCUGUGAUUCUCCGACUGAAGAGUUGGAUUCUCGAACUCCGAAAGGACGAGCUAAACGCGGCAGAAGCGCCGCACAACAACCGGCAAAUGAUCUUAGUAACUUUACUGAAACAAGAAGCUCUGUUCAUAGCAAACUGCGAAAUGCAAGUGCAAAGGGGCGUGCUUCACGAACGUCGACUAGCUCCACAACAAAUACAACUAACACAACGACAACAAUUACUGCGUCAAAUGCGGGAAUUAAUUCAACAAACAGUAGUUCACUAACCGCAUCUCCACCAGAGAGUUUUCUUCCUACGAACGCACGUCGAGCUGAAAAACGAAAGUCAAAAGACGACAGUCCGCCGCCAUCGUUUAAUGGAAGCGACAGCAAUGGUAGUAAUAGUGGAAGUGCCACAAAUUCGGAUUUAAAUGUACAAAUUCCGAAGAAAGUGAAAACAACUACACCUUGUGCGAUCUCGCCUGUUUUAUUAGAAUGCCCUGAACAAGACUGUAGUAAAAAGUAUAAGCACGCCAAUGGUUUGAAAUAUCAUCAGAGUCAUGCUCAUGGAGCCGGUUCGAUGGAUGAAGAUUCACAACAAUUGCCCGAAUCUCCACGUGAUUCACAACAGUUGGCCGAAUCACCACCGCCACUUCCAAAGCAUGCGGCAAACAUACAUUCAUCGCCACUGCCAUCAUCAAGAUCCUCCUUGUCUUCGUUUGAAUCGAUUGUCGCAUCAGGAUUUAGCGAAACACCACCACCAACUGUACAACCAGAACCGGGUAAUGAUGCAGCCAAUGCAGUCGAACAAUCGAAUGCAGGUACAAAUUCAGCUCAAAUACCAACAACGGUACAAAGAUCACGAACGCCAACACCAUUACUUGAAACGAAGCCAAGUUCGGUGCCAGUUUCGACGAUACAGGAAUCAAAUCAAACGAGUCAAAGUGCAACAUCUGAGCCAAAUGCAUUGCCAUUAGUUGGUCAAACGCAACCCGCAAACAACACUAAUUCCAUACAAACGCCUAAGAACGAAAGCCAAACAAAAGUAUCAACACCUGGACCGCAAGCCGUUUCAAUGGUGAAAACACAGAAAAAGCAACGAAAAGAAGGCACUAACGAUUUUGAUAACACGUCACGUGACCGAGACGAUGUUCAAAGUCCAGCUUAUAGCGAUAUAUCGGAUGAUUCAACGCCAGUUGCUGAAUCAGAAAUAAGCGGAAUGUUUAAAGAUAAGAAUCAAGCAGUUAAGCAUCCUGCCGACAUUCUACCAAAGAAAGUCGGUGAAACAACAUUACCUCCGCAAUCGUCCCAAAUGGGCUAUGGAAUAUACCAUUUCUGUGAAUUUCCACAAACGCAACCAACACCAUCGGCAACCGCCAAUGAACAUGCGAAUGGAAAACAAGCCGCACCGCAACCAGUUCCAACAUCAAUACCAGGAAGCAUUCAAGAUUAUAAAGCACCUGUAACAGUGUCAUCGGUUACGACACCAGUAACAGCACCAGAAAUAACAAGUAGAUCGAUGCAUCAGCAUCCAGGAGCUCCACCACCAAUGUCACAAGCCAAUAAAUUUCUUGGCAAUUACUAUCCAUAUAAUUACAUGCCACCUGGUUAUCCAUAUAAUAUUGAUCCAAACUAUGGGCCAGUAUCGCCACAACCAAUGAUCAAAGAAGAACGCUUAAAAGAAAGUCCUAGUCCAAACGAAAAUCCUAAAAGUCAAUUGCAGAAUGUUCCUGCGAAAAUGGUGAAAACAGAGCCAAUUGGAAAGGAUGUGAAACAACCACAACCGCUUCCACCACCACACGAAGGUCAUCCAAAAGAUUUAAAUACAUCACCAAUGGGUCCCUAUUCCAGUAUGUUUCAGCGCCAACCAUUAAACGUUCCACCGGCACAGCAUAUGCGAGAUGAAGAACUUAGAAGAUAUUAUGGCAUGUAUCCUGACCAACGACGACCUGGUGUACCAAGUGGUUCGAUGCCACCAAAUGUGCCGCAAAAUAUAAAAGAAGAACCACAAUCACCAUCGCAACCAUCAUCACAGGGACAAACACAUCGUGAUCGUGAUAAAGAGCGAAACGAUCAUUCACAGCCAAAAAAUUUAAAAAGUUCUGGCCAUAGUACGCCACAACAGCAAAAACAACCGCCAAAAGAAUCGAAAAAUGAUGAUAAAGAAGCGACUAAACCGAAACAGGACAUUGGACAGAAGCCAACGUUUGAAUCACAAGGACCGCCACCACCGCCAACGUCACAAUUUUAUGCGAUUCAUCCACCAUAUAUGGGAGCCAGCCCAUUCGGUUUUGAGCCAUCAGCAAUGUAUCGAAAUAUGAUGGUACCGUACAAUUCAUCUCCAUAUCACUUGCAAAUGUCAAGAUUCCAUGCACCCGAAGAUUUGUCCCGAAAUACAAAUCCGAAAGCACUUGAUAUACUUCAACAUCAAGCCGCUCAAUACUAUAAUCCUCACAAAAUUCACGAAUUGAGCGAACGUGCAUUGAAGAGUCCAACGGGUAUUGGCGGCAUGGGUUCCAACAGUCAAUCACAACAUCCGGCAUCACAACCGCCAGUUUCACAACAAUCAGCACAACAGCCACCAAAUAGUAUGAAUCCAAAUGUACCAAGCAGUGGACCCCCAGGGCAUGCCAAUUUGCAAACACCACCAACAUCGAUGCCAUCCACAACUGGCGCAAAAAGUGGCCCACCAAGUGCUUCACAGCCGACAAAUCUGAGUGGAAGUGCUGGUGAUAUGACACCAAAUAAGGAAGGUUCUAGCAGUGAACGAAGUCCACCGCCAGCAAUGCGUCACAUUCACACUCACCAUCAUACACAUGUUGGCGUCGGUCUCGGCUAUCCAAUGUAUCCAGCAGCGUAUAGCGCCGCUGUACUGACCCCACCACAAGCAGCCGUUGCCGUUAUCAAUCCUUUUCCACCCGGACCAACUAAAUAAUUAGAGGAUAAAACCAUAAGUGAUUCACUACGAAAAAAAUUCGAUGAAACAAAAAAGAAACUUUUAUGAAGAGACACACUCCUGAUACAAAAAUAUCAACAUUUUAGCUAGUUUUUAGCUAGAAAAAAAAAUUGCAAAAAUGCAACAAAUUAUUGGAGAAUUGAACGAAAGCAUUGCACCUUUAUACAACAUCCAUACUGUGACUUCCAACGAAAUUUGAUAAAUGAAACACAAAACAAAAACAAUAACAGACACAGACAUUGCAAAUCAUGAAUGAAGAUUUGUUUGAGCAAAAAAAGAAGAAGAAAAAACUAAUCAUAAAGUGAAUGUGAAAUUGUAUAAAAAUCGAGUGCUAUCGAGUGCACAAAAUUAUUUUUAAAACAAAUGGACAUUAAAUGAGGAGAAAGAAAAAUAAAAACAAUAUUCGGAGGAAAUUGUGAGAAACGCAAAAUAAAACUCCAUUUGACAAACGAGCAAAGAAUUUUUUUUUAACAAAUCGAACGCCAUAGAAAAAUGGACACAAUUUUAAACAGAAAGAUCUAAAAUUUAAAGUUUAACAUUAACAACAAAAAAUAAAAAAAACAAAUAUUAUAAUCAUAAAUUAAUAGCAACUGAAGUAAUUAUAUUGUAUUUAAAGUAAUGAGAAAGGAAAAAAACAAGAAAUAUGUGAUGAUUACAAAAUACUUUUCUUUAGUUCGUUUUAAUAAAUUUAUAUUUUAAACAGAAAUGUGUGUUUUGUACGAUAAACAAAAAUUAAUUCGUUUUUUUAUUCAAUAAGAGAAUUCGCUUAUUUUUGUAAAUAUAAUUGAUGAAGAUUUAACAGAAGAUAAAAUAAUGACGAUGAUGAAAAUCAACAAAUAAGCAAAAAAAAAAAAAACAAGAAGAAAAUAACAAAAUGAUGAAUAAAAACAUACGUCAACAUACAAAAAAUAUAAUUAAAGAAAAUACAAAGCGUAGACUUUUCUCAGUAUAUUGCUAAGCUUAUUUAAUUAGUAAACAAAAGUGGAGAGCUAAACUUACAUAAGUUAAUGAAUUAAUCGAUAUUGACUAGAGAGAUGAGAUGAGGGAGCAUGGAUUAUGAAAGAGAAAUGUUUUCUUUUCCUUUGUUUUUCCGUGUUUAUUGAAUGUAACCGUAAAAGUAUAAAGUAAUUCUCUUUUUUGUACAACACAUGGUUGGAUAAAACCUCGAGCGUUCGUGCGCGUUUGAUGCAAAUCGCUUUUAAGGGAAACAAACACAAAAAAUACAUUUGUUGUUGUUAGUUAAUUUAGUAUUUUUUUCUCUUUUUUAAUUCUUUUUAUUCCUAAUGUAUUUUUUUUUCGUGUUAGGCAUUGAAAUUUCCUUUCUAAAACUAGAUUUUUUUUAAAAAGAAAAAUAAACUAAAAACAUAAAGAAUGAACAGAAUACCAAUUUUAGAAGAAAAUAUAAUUGCAGAAAAAACCGAACAAACACACUCAUACAAUCGCUCUCACAAAAAAAAGGGUGACGCAAUAGAUUUUUUUUUUUCAUUGUAAGAAAAAAAGACGAAGAAGAAGAAAAAUAAUCAAAAAAAAAAUCACAAAUUGUUUCCACGUUUUCAAAAUGUCUUGUUUGGAAUAAUGUAGCACAUUCAUUGAAAUAUACAUAAAACGAAUGAGUCGAGCCAUAGAUAUUACUUAAAAAUUAACUCUCAUCCGUUUCACAGAAUAAUUUUAGCAAAAAUACGAUGAUUGUGAAAACCAAUUACAUGGAAUAUCGCGAUAAAUUUAACAAAACAAAAAACAAAUCGUCUUCUUCUCAAUUUCAUCUGCCACAGUAUCAACAGUAUCAUUUCCUCAAAGCAAAUCACAAAAAUAAUCUCACACCGACACACACACUCACACACGCGCGCGCGCGCAUCAUUCAAUGGCAUCAAUAAUUCGAAAAUUUCGAAUCGAAAUCGCAUUCUAAUGAUGUUCUAUCGACUGUUCGAUUUAAAUUAUGUGACUGUGUGUGCUUUAGCAAAAAAUAAAAUCGAUGUUUCAACACAUUCAAUCUCACCCCCUUUCUUUAUACUUAAUUCUUACCAAAAUUUAAUUAUUAUAAUCGUAAGCGAUAGAGCUCGUAAAUUAUGAAUGUAUUAGAACAAACAAAACAAAAAAAUCUUUUAAAAAAUAAAUACAAAUGCGACAAAAAAAAUCUUCUAAAUGUUGUUCCAAGUCCCGAUGAAUGAUGAUCACUUGUGUAAGAAUUCAAUUCAUAAAGAAACGACUAGAAUUGACUAGGUGACUAAAGUCGGAAUGAAUACAAAAAAAAACUCUUCGAAAUGAAUUGCGAAAUCAGUGGAGGAUGUUUAAUCAGAGUAACACACAUAUUUAAACAACAAAUAAAUAGAAAGAAUUAUUAAAUUAAAAACAAAUGAAGAAACAAUUAAAGACUGCGCGGACGAAAUUGGAUUUUCGUUUUAUGAUCAUCGACCAAUGCAUAAACAAUUCUUUUUUUUUCUGUGCCCAAAUAUCAAACGAAAGAACUUAAUUGACAAAGAAAAUAAAAAUGAUGAAGAAAAAUCUGCCUCUCCAGAAACAAAUCUCCAGACGCAAACAUAGACGAACGAUGGUUAAAACAUUCGACAAACUCAUACAGAGAAACACACACAAAACGAGUAACCAAUACAAACAACAACAACAAAUCUAACUAUUAUACAUUUAAAUGAAGGAAAAAUUAACGAGAGAAUGCAUUAGCCACGUAAUGGAAAAGAAAAAAAAAUAAAAGAAACAUGCACAAAAAAAAAAACAAAUUAUUAAUAGGGAGAUAAUCAAUUACCAUUUAUAUAUAUAGUAAACUUAUUUUAUAUUUCUCGUAAAAUAAUGAAUAAACCAACAAUAUUGAGGAAAAUAAAUAAAAAAAAAAACAAAACUCACACAAUGAAAUUAUAUAUACACAUAAACGAAUCUAUCGAUUGCUUUAGGUGUGGAACUUGCGAAAUAGACAUUUUCAAAUAUUAUUCUAAAAUUUAAAAAUGAAAAAAAUGCAUACUUAAACACUACUUAGAAAUCUACACUUUUCGAAAAAUGAAUUUAAACAAAAAAAAAUGAAACGACAUCAUUUUAAAUAUGGAAAUCAUCGAGCCUCGAGAAUUGAAAUUACAAAAUGAAAAUGUGGAACAAACGAAUCCAUAUCUGAUUUGUGUUAUUGAAAAUACAAUGAGGCACAUUUCAAUUUCAAAUGAAAAUGUAGAGCUCGAACGAUAAAAUCGUGUUAUAAUUAUGUGUCGUGAUGUCUCGCUUUAGUUAUGAUUUUUCACAAUUUUAUCAUUUCUUUCGCAAAUCAAGCGGAUUGUUAUUAGUUUUCUUCUCUCAUUGUGAAUGAUUCGGUAAAUCGUCCGAAUGUUCGUCCUGGAAAAUGGCAAUAAAGAAAAAAACACACACACAAAAUUCCUCGUCAACAAAAAAAAAACAAAACAAAAUUUAAAAACAGCAAAACGAAAAAAAGAUUGAAAACACACACAUCAUAUUUUAGUUUAUUUUGCUUAAAUUGUCGUUUGACUAAAAAAAGAGAAUUAAUUGCUCUUGAUUAAACGAAACAAAAAAAAAAUUUGAAUGCGAAAGCAAUUAGUAUAUGUGUAAUUAUAUUUUUCUUGUACAAAAAUUUGCGCCAAUAAUAAUGCACACCUGAAAAAAAGAUCAUUUGUUUUUAAUUUCUCCCAAGCCCCCCCAUGCUUCCGCACACAAGUUCAAUUUUUCUUUUCGUCCCGUUAUUAUAAAUCGCUUUUUUAAAAACACAUUUAUAUGCAUAUAGAAAUGAGUAAAUAUGAAAGAAAGAGCGCGUAAGCAUACCCCGAGUCGUUUAAUGUAACCAAUUUCUUCCCCACAGUCUACCGUAAUUCCUUCAAUCACUUGAUACAAUCAAUUGUGCUACUUAUUCCCUAACACUGAAUAAGUAUUCACAAUUUAUUGUUUGAUUUUUUAUUUUGCCUUUGAUGUUCGUCUGAAAAAUGUGAUUUAUUUCUCGUUUUGAGUUCAACUCACUCAUGGACAAAUGCCUAAUACAUACUCAUUUUUAUUGUUUCUUUCCAUCCACAAUCAUAUGUGUUCAGUAUCAACGAUCAAAAUGAAUUCCACUUCAUCAUAUUACAUACUUUCACAUGUCCAAAAUGUCUUGGUGUGAUCAAACAAAAUCAAAAGAAAAAAGUUUUUAAAAAAAGCAAAAGAGCCUUGUUAAUCAAAACUUUACUCACAAACAAACAAAAAAAAAAA